UUUUAUUGGGUUCUCAUGAUUGAUGCCUUCUUUUCCAGGGGUUUGCCGCCACCGCAGCAGCAACAGAUGCUGAGCUUACGGGCAACAAAUCAGCCAUCGCUGCUCAAUGCCAAUCCUAUGCUUCAGCGGGCCUUACUCAUGCAGCAGAUGCAAGGAAACCUGCGUGGAUUUAACAUGACAGCGCCAGCACUGCAGCAGUUCUUCCCUCAGGCUACAAGACAUUCCCUCCUGGGACCACCACCUGUUGGGGUCUCCUUAAAGCCAACUCGGCUGGGCUUCCCCAGCCUCCCAUUCCAGCGGCAGAACCGGACCUUUCGUAAGGACUUCCAGAGGGUUCCUGACAGGAAGCGGGAACUAGAUCCUGGUUCUUCAUCUCAGACACAAGGUGAUGAGAAAAUGGAGAUUCCAGAGGGAAUGCAAGCAGGGUCAGAGCAGAACAAUUCCUCACCAUCCACAGAGCCAAGAACUCCAACAGAGUCUGUGUUGAACACUGAGCCUGCAGCAAAAAGACUGAAGAGUGUGACUGGGGAGCCUGCGUUAGAGGAUGCCACAGACAGCAAGAAAGCAGGAGCCUCGUGCACCCAUGUCCAAGCUGAUGGUACAGACAAUGCAAAGGAGUACACAGCUGAUGAUCUCUCCAGAGAGAGGAAAUUCUCUGAGGAACCGAAGGCUCCUGAGGUGUUGAGCUCUGGAGGUUCAUUGAAAGUGACUAUUCAGCAGAGCAGUGAGAGCAGAGCUAUCAGUACAACAGCUCUGAAACCAGGGCACUGGGCCUGUGACGUGGGCACAGCUGAUCCCAACCCGGAAUCAGUCCUUAAAUUCUACUGCUACAUUUGCAAGACUAAUUGCUGCAGUCAGCAGAAUUUCCAAUCCCACAUGGCUGGAAUUCAGCACCAGCAGCGACUUGGGGAGAUUCAGCACAUGAGCAAUGUUUGUUUUGUUUCACUACUGCCCAUGGUGAAACAGCAGAAGGUGCUAGCAGGAAAAGAUGGAGAGACCCAGCAGCGGUGGUGUAACACAUGCCAGGUGCAUUUCACAGGGGACCUCAUCAAACAUCGCAGGACCCAGGAACACAAGUUGGCCAAACGCUCGCUUCGUCCUUUCUGCACUGUCUGCAGCCGGCACUUCAAGACCCCUCGCAAGUUUGUGGAGCAUAUGAAGUCCCCCGAGCACAAACAGAAAGCCAAAGAGGUUAGACUAGGAGAGAAGGAGUUGGGGAGCCCAGAAGAUUCAGAGGAGUUGAUCACUGUGGAUGCUGUUGGCUGUUUCGAAGAUGAUGACGAGGAAGAGGAGGAGGACGAGGGAGGAGCUGGUGAGGAGGAAGACCGAGAUGUAGUGCUGAUGGAAAAUGAGGAUUCUGCUGCCAAGCAGGCUGGGCUGAAGGAAGUGUCUUUGGAGGAUUACGAAGGAAGUGAGAAGUAUUGUCCAGACACAGCCUAUGGCCUGGAUUUUCUGGUCCCCGUCGCAGGUUACCUCUGCAGGCUGUGUCACAAAUUCUACCAUAGCGACUCCGCUGCCCGGCUCGCACACUGCAAGUCCCUGAUGCAUUUUGAGAACUUUCAGAGAUACAAGGCAGCAAGGCACCGUGCCACAACUGCCUAUCCCGAAGCUCCUUUGCAUUCCCAGGGCUCCAGCUCCCAAUUGCUGGAUGAUCCAAAACAGCCUCUUGCUACAACAGCACAUACCAGCAAGAAGAUGAAUGAUGAUGGUGGGAUAGAUAAGGAGGGCACGGAGCUGUCAGCCCUGCAAGAACAAACUUCAAGGUCUCUGGAGGGUAAGGGUGAGCUGGCCACCUCUAGGCCAGAGGGCAAGAGCCUGGCCAGUGUGACUGAUGAUGUGUGUGGUAUCAUGGUUGUAGAAGAAGAAAGUCUACAGGAAGAGAACAAGUCCACUGCCAGUAGUGCCGACUGCCUGUUCUCUGAGGAGAGCCACACCGUAGGGGAGUCACUGGGACGUGAGGAAGAGGCCAACACAGCCAGGCAGAGGGCAGACACAGACGACCACCAGGAUCCAGGGAGUGGAGGAGGCUUAGGACAGGAGGCAGCAGAUGCAGGCCAGGAGGCAGCAGCAGAGCCUUCCUCCCUCGCCAAAGGUGAGACAGCCGGUCUCACCUCUGCUGGGUGCAGACGCUCUUCCAGGCGCAAACCCAGAUAGAGUGGCCUUAAAGGAGAGCCCUUUACAUAUGAUAUUUGCUGGAAAUGUUUAUUUUCUGAGUCUUUUAAUAGAGCAAAACCUUCAACUUUACUGCUGUUUUUAUUUUAAGAAUAAAUAAGCCUGGCUUUAGCGUGUCUAAUA